UGGGUUGAGGCCAGUUGUGGAUAAUUGGCAGACGUUGGUGGAGUAUAGCAUCGCGUCGAUCAAUGCAGUGAUUGAGAGGGUAAUGCUUCGCGCAGCAUAUAGCUGUGAAGCUAGCAUCUUAUGGAGGAGAAGGCCAAAAGGGACGCCCGCCGCCAAGGUUCAGGCCGAUUACGACCAGAUUAUAGGAUGCUUCCUUUUCUUGUUCCAAAAGAUCUAUCCGGUGACGUUGCAGAUUGUGGAUGUUUGGAGCUGUGAGUGA